AUUCGGCGGACGGAAUACAUCAACUGCUUGUUCUCUCCAGGUAUAUAAGGCAUUACCAUUUCCUAAUGUCAAACCACGGCAGCAUGAACUGAAGUGCGUCCAAGCAUCUCAUCAUGAAGCUCGCAACAAUCGCCAUUGCCUAUUUCGGAGCCACGUGGGCGUUGCCGGCGCAAGUUGAGGCCCAGGCAGAGACCAAGGCAAAUGGGCUGGGCUACAUUGCUUGCAGUAACGCCCUCAUUUUUAGUGCCCCUUACUGUUGUGAUAACAGAGGUCCUCUUGGCACUGUGUCGGAUUGCACACCACCGCUACUGCCCAUUAGUGACGACGCUUUCGAGGGCCAAUGCGGAUUAUUCCAGAAGUCUGCCGUAUGCUGCGUACCUCUUCUCAAUCUUCUGCCACCAGUUCUCUGCAUCCCCCUACCAAGGCUCCUCGUUUCAACGCAGUUGAAUGGGGCAGGACUGAAUAUAACUGAAGGACAUGAGUGAUCUAUGUAGCUUGAGUACAAACACCUAGCGGAUGGUGCAGGAUCAUGCAACAUACUCUAGACUAUGAUUAAUGACCAUA